CUCUCUCUCCUCUCCUCUCUCUCUCUCUCUUCUUCUCCUUGCGGUUAACCAGAAGCACAGGGGCCGAGGGUUUCUCAGAGCUUUAGCGAUCAAAUUCGAGUUUCUCUGGAUUGAUUAAAGAAUGGUGGAAGAGAAUUUUGGAACGAUGACCUUGUCUCCGAUGUCAGAUCUAGCACCCUCACCGGCGGCUGAAGGCUGCGGGAACGAGGUAACUCGGAUGAUGAUGAAAGACGAUCACUGGAAGAAGAAGAAGGAUCUAUCUGACCGAGAAGGAAAUGAGAAUCAGGUUCACAGCACAACAUGGACAAAUGAGAAGCACAAUAUGUAUCUUAAUGUUUUGGAAGCAUCAUUUGUUCAGCAAUUGCACAAUUCCUUCAGUUUCGUAGAAAAGAGAUUGGAUCUGCAGCAUGUCAAUCAGAAUGAUUCGUCUGAUCAGUUGGCAGUUUUACAGAAAGGAUCUUGGAAGAAGAUCAAUUUAAAGAAAGAUCAGCCUCUUUUGUGUAGAACAGUGGGUUCUCAUGCAUCAAAGAUUGAAAGUCAUUGGUUGGAUGCUCAUAAGUUUCCACAUAGAUGUGACUGGAAGACAAAUCCCGAUUUACAAGAGAAUUGUAUAGAGAUUACUCCUUCUGGAAGGAAGAGGAGGAGGGGUUUCUCCCACAAUUUAGCCUCAUCUGACUCGCAAUCUACCUUCAACCAUUGUCAAAGGAAGGAACUAGACAUUGAAGCAGAGGGUACUGAUCAGAACUUUAUGGAGGAAGUUGUAGAGAAACCAAUAAUGAAAAAGAUCAAAAGAGAUUCCAUGGAUUCUUCAACUAAGAUAACUGUGUCCACUGAAACUUCAACUCUCUGCAAGGCUUCAGAAGAUCCAGCACAACCUUGAAGACAUAUAUCUCGACACAUAUUCAAAGGAUGCUGCAGUUUAGUAGAAUAGUAAAUACAAGAAAAGAGUUUUCCAUUGUCAAAUAUUGUUCAGCAGAGAUAGUUUUAUGAAUGGUAGCUAGGACUCAGACGAGACGACUUUCUAGUAGUAGAGAUGAUGAUCUUGUUAUUCGGGCGGGGACCUAUUUGGAUUUCAAAUUAACUAAGAGAGAAAUUCACCAUUAUUUCCACUUUGUGAUCUUUA